UCCUCCUCUUCUUCUUCUCCUCCUCCUCCUCCUCCUCCUUCUUCUCCUUUUCAACUCAUAAUUUGAGCCCCAAAUUUCACAAACCCUAAUUCCUUUCUUUCUGUCCUCUCGUCGCUCGAGGACAACAGCUAAUUGAGACGGAAUAGAGGUGGUUGGGGGAGAAUUCGCCGGGGGAUCUGCUUAGAUCUGGCUAUGAAUUAGGGAUUUACUUCAAAAUAUUCAUGCAUGAUGGUUUUGCUGUGCUGUAGGUUCUUUUGCGGAUUAGAUGUAUGUUGCCAACGGGGUUGCUGAUUUUAAAGUUCAUCAGUUCAAUCAUUUGAUGGAUAAUGACUAUUCCGAUGGAUAACAAUCCAGAUAAUUCAUCAAGGGAGCGUGUUCAAAAACUUUUUAACAAGAAUGUUGAGCUGGAAAAUAGGCGUCGGAAGGCAGCUCAGGCCAGAAUUCCUUCUGACCCAAAUGCAUGGCAACAAAUGCGAGAGAACUAUGAAGCUAUUGUCUUAGAAGAUCAUGCCUUUUCUGAACAACAUGAAAUAGAGUAUGCCUUGUGGCAGUUGCAUUACAGAAGAAUUGAGGAAUUGCGAGCACACUUCAAUGCUGCUGCUGCUUCUGUUUCAGCAGGAUCAAAUACAUCACAGAAUGGUAAAGGUCCAACACGUGGUGGACCUGAUCGACUUACAAAGAUCCGUACUCAAUUUAAAACCUUCCUGUCAGAGGCCACCGGAUUUUAUCAUGAUUUAAUGUUGAAGAUUAGGGCGAAGUAUGGUUUGCCAUUGGGUUAUUUCUCCGAUGAUUCAGAGAAUCAGAUUCCUUUAUGUAAAGAUGGGAAUAAAUCUGCAGAAGUGAAGAAAGGAUUGAUAUCCUGUCAUCGUUGUUUGAUUUAUCUGGGGGAUCUUGCUCGUUAUAAGGGCUUGUAUGGUGAAGGUGAUUCUAAAUCUCGGGACUUUGCAGCAGCUUCUAGUUACUACAUGCAAGCAGCUUCCCUUUGGCCUUCAAGUGGCAAUCCGCAUCACCAGCUUGCUAUUUUGGCUUCCUACUCUGGUGAUGAAUUGGUGGCCAUUUACCGGUAUUUUCGAAGCUUGGCAGUUGAUAGUCCAUUUACAACAGCUAGAGAUAACUUGAUUAUUGCAUUUGAGAAGAAUCGUCAGAGCUUUGCCCAGCUGCUCGGAGAUGCCAGAGCUUCCUCUGUCAAGACAACUUCAGUGCGUGGAAAUGGGAAAGGAAGGGGCAGAGGUGAAAGCAGGGUUGCAUCCAAGGAUAACAAAGUAGAAGCAAGUUCUGUCAAGGAAAAAACAUCCACCACAUUGGAAACUUUCAGGGCAUUUGGGAUACGAUUUGUUCGGCUAAAUGGCAUUCUCUUCACACGCACAAGUUUGGAGACAUUUGGGGAUGUUUUUGCUUUGGUUAGAGGUGAUUUGCUGGAGCUUCUUUCUUCUGGGACUGAUGAGGAGUACAAUUUUGGGUCAGAUGCUACUGAUUGUAGACUGGCUAUUGUCAGAAUGGUUGCUAUUCUCAUUUUCACCAUUCACAAUGUGAAUAGGGAAACUGAGAACCAGUCCUAUGCUGAAAUUCUUCAACGCUCGGUGCUACUGCAGAAUGCAUUUACUGCUACUUUUGAGUUUAUGGGCCACAUUCUUGAACGCUGCAGCCAAUUAAAUGAUCCUUCAUCGAGCUAUCUGUUACCUGGUAUAAUGGUUUUUGUGGAAUGGUUGGCUUGUCAUCAAGAUAUUGCAGUUGGAAGUGAAUUGGAGGAAAAACAAGCGAGUGCUAGGAUAUUUUUCUGGAACAACUGUAUCUCCUUCUUCAACAGGCUCAUAUCUUCAGGGUUUAUGUUUGUUGAUGAAGAUGAAGAAGAGACAUGUUUUUCUAACAUGAGCAGGUAUGAUGAAAGUGAAACCGCUAAUCGGCUGGCAUUAUCUGAGGACUUUGACUUGAGGGGAUUUGUUCCUCUUCUUCCUGCGCAACUCAUUCUUGAUUUUUCAAGGAAGCAUUCCUUCAGAAGCGACAGCAAUAAGGAAAAAAAGGCCCGUGUUCAGAGGAUUAUAGCGGCUGGAAAGGCUCUUGCUAAUGUGGUCCGGAUUGGGGAAGAGGGAAUUUACUUUGACACAAAAUCGAAGAGAUUUGUUGUUGGCGUUGAACCUCAAGUUUCUGAUGAUUUUUCACUUACUACUACUUUGGAAGCCCCAAAAUUAAGUGGUGUAGUGGAGGAUAAUCUAGUUUCAGGUCAAAUGACUCCUAGGGCCUUGGAGCAAAAGCCGCAGUUGUACAUGGAAGGUGAAGAAGAGGAUGAUGAGGUAAUUGUGUUCAAGCCAUCUAUGACUGAAAAGCAUUUAGAUGGGAUAGCUUUAAAUCCGACUUCUUCAGAGGUCUUUGGAUCUACUAUGAAUGCUGCCAGUAUAGGGGGUGAUGUUGGAUCUUUCUCUACCGGACGUGAGGGUUAUAUUGCACAGAAUGCUUUCAGUGCAAGCUUAAGGCCACCUACUUCCCUUGUGAAUUCUAGUUAUCUGCAACCAGUUCAACCAAGUACGACUUGGAUGGCAGAACAAGGAACUCUUGUGAAUGGGCUUGGUAAUUUGAAUUUGUUCGAGAAUGGGUUCAUAAAGAAACCUGAAUCGCAUAAACACUUUGGAGCUUUGCCAGCUCAAACCUUUCCUGUUUCCCUUCCAGACUCGAGUUUUGGCACUGGCAGCAAUUUCCCUAAUCAGUUACCCGAAACUGUGGUACCUUCAAAGCUUGAUUCAAUCAUGUCUCUAGGAGCUGAUAACAUAUCCAUGAAGCCUUCAUCAGUCUCACCUGCUGGGUUGAAGAAAAAUCCAGUAGGUCGACCUCUUCGGCAUCUCGGUCCUCCACCUGGCUUUGGUUCUGUACCAUCCAAAACUGUUGAUGAGUCACUAUCUGCUAUGUCCUUUAAGAACGAAAAUGCUACCAUUCCCCAAAUGGAUGAUUACAGCUGGCUCGAUGGCUAUCAGUUGCCUCUGGUCAAUAGAAGUGUGGCCGGGCUUAAUAGUUCUAAUUAUCCAGGACAGGGUUACCCUAUUGGUAGCAAGAGCAGCAGCUCAAUGGGGAUGCCGAGCUUUCCUUUUCCUGGGAAGCAGACAACUACAUUGCAAGUCCCAAUUGAGAAUGAGAAGAGUUGGCAGGAUUACCAGUUCUCUGAACAGAUGAAACUAUUCAAGGAGCAACAGCAGCAACUUCAGAAAGCAAAUCAGCAAUCUGCUGUGUUGCAACAGCAGUUUCAGGGACAAUCUCUUUGGGAAGGUCGUUUCUUUGUGUGAGAGAUUAUGAAGGGUAGAUGGUUGUGAACACUUUACAACAGCAGUUGUCCAGUUCUUGGUGCUGCAAGUUCAGCCAUCGUGCAUUUGCAGUGUGGCCAAUGUUAUUAAGUUUUUCUUGGAGCAUGGAUGGUCUUGGAAUCUAGCAGGCACCUGCUAUUGAACGGCUGGUGCCGAGCUUUCCAGGCUGGUUGACACUGAUUAUGAUGUCGAUAGGUGCAAAAAUUGGGAGAUUUCUGAUAUUAAGUGCCUUGUCUGGUUGGAUGGGUUGGACGUGACUUCAGAUUUGGGAUUGUGGUGGGAAACUGGAAGGGAAUAAAAGAUAUACUAGCAAAUUUACCUGGCUCAUAGAAGGUAUUUAUGAGGAGUUGUAGUAGUCUCUGCCAGGCAUGCCAUGAUGAGCAGUUCCCAUUGGUUGAAUGCUUAAGGUAAGUUUCUUGGCAGUCCCAUGUCUGCCCAGAAGUUCUCAAGUGAGAAUCAUGGAAGAUGGUUAUGUUAUAAUUGGAGUUAUCUUGUGGACGUUGGUUGGCAAUAAAUAUGCGAGUAUGAACGCAUACAGUAUUCAACUUUCAGGGUUGAUAAUAUAGACUGAUGCUGUAUUUGUGCUUUUGUGUUCUGCUGUGUGGACAAAGUGGUAUUACCACUGAGACUUGGAAUCUCUCUCUUUGACGUCUAGAGAUAUUUUGAUGUUUAUUCUAUCUUUCAAAUGUCCUCUCAGUUAUCGAAUCUAUGAAAGCAGAUAUCUUUUGUCCA